AUGGAUUCUCUUCUUUCUGAAUUUUCAUCUCUUUCUUCAAGCUUGUCUGCAGUACUACUUCAAGGUUUAGUAACUCCGACACAAACCUUAGCAGCCAUGUUUAUUCUCAUCAUAGUACUAUUUUUUCUGAAGUUAAGGUCAAGAAAUGUCUACCUUGUUGACUUUGCCUGUUUUCUGCCACCAAACAACCUACGAGUUCCUCCCUCCAACUUCAUAGAACACUCUGAGAUCUGUGGUAUCACCAGAGAAGCCAUUGAUUUUGAGUCCAAAGUGUUUGAAAGAUCUGGGAUUGGACCUGAAGCUUGCAUGCCUGAUUCAGUUCAUGAGAUCCCACCUAAUGAAUCACUCAAGAAUUCUCAAGAAGAGAUUGAACUAGUCCUCUUCACUAUAGUCCAAGACCUUCUUAACAAACACAAAGUCCAUCCUAAGAACAUAGACAUCCUAGUAUCAAACUGUAGCCUGUUCUGUCCCACACCUUCCAUAACUUCCAUGAUCAUCAACAAGUUUGGUUUCAGAAGCAAUAUAAAGAGUGUGAGCCUCAGUGGUAUGGGAUGCAGUGCUGGUAUGUUAUCAAUAAGCUUAGCUAAAGAUCUUCUUAAAGUCCAUAAAAAUUCUUUAGCUUUAGUUCUAAGUAUGGAAGUCGUAGCUCCAAAUGGUUAUAGAGGUACUACCAAAUCCAAGCUUAUUCCCAAUGUGUUGUUCAGAAUGGGAGGAGCUGUCAUUUUACUAUCUAACAAGAAAGAAGACAAGAAAAUGGCCAAAUAUGAGUUAAAGCACCUUGUGAGGACUCAUUUAGGAUCAAAUGAUAAUGCCUAUAAGUGUGUUUACCAAGAGCCUGAUGAAGCUGGACAUGUGGGAGUGUCCUUAUCAAGGGCACUUCUAAGAAUGGCUGCGCUAGCUUUGAGGACAAACAUCACAACUUUAGGCCCUCUUGUGUUGCCUUACUCCGAGCAGAUUCAAUUCGCGUGGUCAGUGAUUCGUCGGAGAAUCCAAUGGGGAGAUGACAACCAGAAGGCAGCAUAUGUGCCAAAUUUCAAGAAGUCAUUUGGGCACUUUUGCAUACAUGCAGGGGGCAAGGGGGUGAUAGAUGCAAUAGAGGAGAGUUUGAAGCUGAAGAAGGAAGAUGUGGAGGCUUCAAGAAUGACAUUGUACAGAUUUGGUAACACUUCAUCUUCUUCACUUUGGUAUGAACUGUGUUAUUUGGAGGCAAAAGGAAAGGUGAAGAAAGGAGAUAGGGUUUGGCAAAUUGCAUUUGGAAGUGGCUUCAAAUGUAACAGUGCAGUGUGGAAAUGCAUAUUUGAUAUUGACCCAACUCAAAAAAAUGCUUGGUCUGAUAUGAUCCAUUUGUAUCCAAUCAAGAUACCUGAGUUUGACUCUUAA